AUAUGAAUCAUAUGCUAAUAAACCAAUGUGUCGAGACUACAACGACGUUAUUGUUCUUUUAAAUUAAUUCUUUUUCGCUUCUCAGAAAAAGAAACUUGGAAUUUUAUACGUAUGAUUCUUAUAUUUCAGACUUCAUUAGUCCCUUGAGUUUUAGCUUUGAUAGAUCAUCCAUUCAAUUAUAGUGAAUCAGUGAAAGUUUUUAGCCUUUGUAGAAAUCUUUAGAAAGAAUAUUGACUCAUGAGUUUUAGUUGAAUGCCUAUUGAUUUUCAUUGUGUAAUAGUAAAUUACAGUACUCACUCAACAAAAACAGUGAUAGCAAAGCCGAUCUGAUAAAUUUUUUGGAUAAAAAAGAUGUUCACUCAUUGGACGAUAUUCGUUUGCAUAGUUGUGCCUUCAUUAGCCAUUCCCGAUUCAGCAAGAAAAGACUUACGAAUUCUUAGUUACUCUGGACCCUUGGAUGAAGAAAUUGUGAAAUCGAAAUUUUCCGAAGUGAAUUCUCUAGAAAUCCGUCUGAGCAAUAUAACGUCAUUUUCGAAGGAUGUUCUUCGAAAGUUCAAGAAAAUGGAAUCAUUAGCCAUACAUUUUUCGAACAUUCAAAAUGAAGAUGGCGUUUUUGAAAAUUGUUGUCCCAAACUCACUUCGUUGGAGAUAAGAAAUUGGACGGAUUUCAUGCCACAAGAUUUGAAAGGAAUCGGUACAGUACCACUCAAAACACUUGAAAUUUUGGAUCAAGACAUACCAGUAUUGACAUAUGAUAUGUUCGAAAACACAGAGCUGAAGGAAUUGAAGUUAAUUAGAGAUAAUAUACAGACCAUUCAUCCUCUAGCAUUCAAGAAUCUAAUCAAACUUCAGUAUCUGCUUUUGUCGGGAAAUAAACUCAAAAAAUUUCCGAAAGAAGCGCUCUCCUCUCUGAGAAAUCUCACUACAUUGGAACUGGUUUCCAACGGAUUAGAAUCACUCGAUUCUGACGAUUUACCCGAGCUACCAAGCCUCAAAAAAAUCAUCAUCACUAACGAAAAAUUGAAGGAACUGAAUUUCACCGGGGUCGAAAAGAAAGCUCCUAGUUUGGUUGAUAUCUACUUGAUUGGAAACGUUGGAGUUGAUGUUUACGGAACAAGUGAUCGUCAUAUCAUUCACAAUUUGGUGUAGAGAGUAUAAUUAUCCUCUUGUUCUUUUCAGAAUCUGAACUGACUACUAUGAAUGAUGAAAGUGUGAAAGGUGUAUAGAUAAUUAUUGAGUUAUUGAUUGCUAACUGUUCAUUCCUGUCUGAUUUUUUUAAAUUCUUAUUAUUUUUCAUUAUGUCUGCUGUAAGAAGUUGCACUGUUGCAGACAGGCUAAUCUGCGGCAUUUACUUGACAACAUAUAAUAAAUUAAAAUUUUAAUUAAU